AUGAAAGUACUGCUCUUUUUCGCUCUCGUCAUCGUCUCGCUCUCGUCGUCGUCCCAAGAAUCACCCCGUCGUCCCAAGACUUCGUCGUCCCAAGCUCAUCCCGUCGUCCCAAGAAACACAACUCAAGCAGAAGCUGAAGAACUCAAUGCCACAGGAACCCACAAUAUGGAAAAGAAAGAGAUCGAAACUUACUGUAUGAUAACGCUCGUCGUGCUUCUCUUCUUCUUUUUUGCUGCUAUUGCAGCAGUGCAAGAGUACAAGCAAAGUCCUAAAAAAGUGCGGCUCGUUGAAAACCAGAAUAGAGAAGAGGUUGAGCUGGUCACUAUGAGAGCCACCAACGGAAUCGAGGAAACAGGAGUCUGA